AAAAAGAAAAGAAAAAAAAGCGCUUCUUUGAGUACAAGGAAGUACAGUAUGAGGUCAUGUAUCUGGCUCAGAUUUCAGUACAUACAAACAUCCUUUUUUGUGUAAAUACUGAUCAGGAUACAAACCUGUACUCUCUCCUCCCAUUGGGUUGACUAAGUGGCCAAUCGUGAAUGGUACCAUCUGCUGUUCUGUCCUGUAGUGUUUUCAUUAGGUCAUUGAUGAGUAACCAACUUUUCAGGCUGCAAAGAUGUUAGAUCCGUUAUUGGGACUGAUUUCAGUUUCUGUUCUCCUGUGCUUAUCUUCAGCUGCUACAGGCAACGUUGUCAGAUUGGUUGGUUCGAGGUCAGAUGGGUAUUGCACUGGAAGAGUUGAAAUCUACCACAAUGGAGAAUGGGGAACAGUCUGUGAUGAUGGCUGGGAUAAUAAUGAUGCUAAUGUAGUCUGUAAACAGUUAGGCUGUGGUCCACCAUUCAUUGUUCAUGCAUCCGCUUACUUUGGUGAAGGCACAGGAAAAAUCUGGCUGGAUGAUGUUGGCUGUUCAGGAAAUGAAAAGUCUCUUUCUGAAUGCUACCACAGGGGAUUUGGAACCCACAACUGUGAGCAUGUCGAGGAUGCAGGCGUCACUUGUUACCCUCAACAGAUCUUGCCAUUUCAAUCAUGCAAUGGAUAUGUCCACUUAUACCACAAUUGGGGAUGGAGCGUACUCAGUUAUAACGGCUUUGACAUGAAUGCUGCAAAUGUGGCCUGCAGACAGAUGGGCUGUGGUCCAGCAAUCUCCCUUUCAGGCUACUCUUCAGGCAGCACAUUGCUGCCUGAUUUGAGCUGUUCAGGAAGUGAAUUUUCUCUAAUGGAAUGUCAGCACAGUAAUUCUUGGACAUACCAAUAUGGUUACUAUGCUUAUGUCUACUGUUCAGAUUAUCCAGUCCGUCUAACGGGGCCGUCUUGGUGCGCUGGACGAGUUGAAAUCUACUAUAAUGCUGCCUGGCAAACAGUGUGUGAUGACGGCUGGGACUUGAAUGAUGCUCAGGUGGUCUGCAGUCAGUUGAACUGUGGGGUAGCCGUGGCUGCUCCUCACUCGGCGUACUUUGGAAAAGGAAGAGAUAAAAUCCUGCUUGAUGAUGUGGCCUGUAUGGGGAAUGAAACACAUCUGACUCGGUGCUCACACAGAGGAUACUUAGAUCAUAACUGCAGUCAUAGUCAGGAUGCUGGUGUGAUCUGCUCAGCCGGCCUGAGCAGGUUAAUUGGGCCAAGUAGAUGCUCUGGAAGAGUUGAAAUCUUCAACAAUGGAUCCUGGGGAACCGUCUGCAAUAACAGCUGGGACAUAAAUGAAGCUCGAGUGAUUUGCAGACAGCUGGGAUGUGGCACAUCUCUGAGUGUCCUUCACUUUGGAGAGGGAAUAGGAGAAAUUAAUGAAGUGACUUGCACAGGGAGCGAAAGAUAUCUGCCUGAGUGUUCGUACAGUAGAGAUGGAGCUCAGAACUGUAAUCACAGUCAGGAUGCUGGUGUCAUCUGUUCAGGCCCUAUAAGGCCCACUAUUGGACUUACUCCUCAAGGUGACAUCACCUUGGGUCAUAAUGUCAGCAUCAGUUGUUCAGUCACUGAUGCACAAGUAAGAGGGAUAUUUAUCUUGACGAAGACCACAGGCUCAUUCAGCCAGGCCGUGAACUCAAGCAGCAGCUCUGCUACUUUCUAUAUCCUUCAGGCCACUUUCAUUGAUCAGGGUUGGUACAAGUGUCAGCUUCAAAUCAUACUUCCCAAUGAAAACUUCACCACUCUCUUUAGUGACACAGUCCAGCUAAGAGUGAUCUUUCCAGCACCCACGAUCAGCAUUGAACCCUCUGGAGUGAUUACUCUCGAUCAGGAUGUUAGAAUGGUUUGUUCAGUCACUAAUGAACAAGGAGGAGGGUCAUUUAUCUUCAGGAAGUCUUCAGGAAGUUUCAGUGAGACUGUGAACUCAAGCAGCAACUCUGCUACUCUAAAUAUCCCUAAAGUUACCUUUACCGAUGAGGGAGACUACCAGUGUCAGUUUAAAGUGAGGAUUUCUAAUGAUGACUUCAGCACAAGCUUCAGCAGCAAUGUCUCACUCUAUAUAAAAGGUGAAAUUCCAAAACCCAACAUCACCUUGCAGCCUACUGGUCUGGUUUCCUGGGGUCAGAGUAUCAGCAUCGUAUGUAACGUUAUGGAUGGAUUGAAUGGAUCAUUUACGUUCACAAACCCUCCUGGUUCUGUCAUGCAGACUGUAAACUCAAGCAACAACUCAGCUACUUUCCAUAUCGGGCAAGUCACUUUGGGAAAUGAGGGAUUGUACCAGUGUCAGUUUCAAAGAACGGUCUCUGGUGAAGUGUUUCACACCAACUUUAGUGACCCUGUCUGGCUAACUGUGAACCUUUCACAGCCGACCAUCAGCUUGGAUUAUGCCAGUGGGGUGAUGUGGGGUCAGGAUGCCACUCUCACCUGUUCAGUCAUCGAGGGACGGGUAGGAGGAUUAUUUGUCUUCAGGAGAAUGCCUGGUAAUUUCAUCCAAACUGUAAGCUCGAGUAGCAACACAGUUAGCUUCCAUAUCACUCAAGCUAACUUGAGAGAUGAAGGAUUAUACCAGUGUCUGUUUCAAAGGAGAGUUUCUGAUCAAGACGUCAACACCAGCUUCAGUGAUUCUCUCCAACUAACUGUAUUUCUUCCAAAGCCCAGCAUCACUUUGUAUCCUGCUGGUGUGGCUUCUUUUGGUCAGACUGUCAACAUCACUUGCUCAGUCUCUGAGGGUCAAGUAGGAGGAUCAUUUAUCUUCAAGAAAACAUCAGGACCAAUCAUUCAUGUUGUAAAUACAAGCAGCAGCUCGGCUUCAUUUCAAAUCAAUCAAGUCAGCUUGGUGGAUCGUGGAUCGUACCAGUGUCAGUUUCAAAGAAGGUCUUUUAAUCAAGACUUGAGCACCAACUUGAGUGAUUCUGUCCAGCUAAAUGUGAGCCUACCAAAGCCCAACAUCACCAUCCAGCCCACUGGUGUGGUUAUGUGGGGCCAGGAUGUCCACAUUACUUGUUCUAUCACUGGAGUGGAAGUAAUAGGAUCAUUCAUCUUCACAAAGACCCCAGGUCCUUUCACCCAGACUGUGGACUCAAGCAGCAACUCUGCUAUUUUACAUAUCCAUCAAGUCAACUUUACAAAUGAGGGAUCGUACCAGUGUCAGUUUCAAAGAAGAGAUUCUAGCUCUGUUUUUAGUGAUAAUGUCAACCUGAAUGUGACAGUGAUUCUUCCAAAACCAAGCAUCACCAUGGAGCCUGCAGGCCUGGUUACUUUUGGUGACCUCAUUGCCAUCAAUUGUUCUGUCUCCACUCAAUAUUUAGGCGGCUCAUUCACCCUGCAGAAGACCUCUGGAUCAUUCAAUAAGACCCAACAAUCAAGUACCAACUCCUCUACGUUCAGAUUUCUUGAAGCCAAUAAUAAUCAUGAGGGAGAUUACCGCUGUUAUUAUGAAAAACUUGUGGAAUAUAAAACUUUCACCUCCCCUCUAAGUGACAAUGUCACAGUUUCUGUUACUAAUAACUGAAGUUCAUGUGUGUGACCCUUCCUCAAUCUCCUAUUAUAUGGCUAUCCUAAACUAAUGUAAUCUAAUGAAUGUUGCAUGAGGUGAGUGUGUAAGUUGUCACUAUGUAAUCAGUAACAUAAAUCAUAGUGCUGAUGCAAAGAGCAUGUAAUUAUUUACAUAACUGUUGAGAUGAAAGAGCACAAAAUAACUCACAUAUAAACUUCUAUGAGGGAGAAACGGCAGAUAGGUUACCGGGUGUAAUGGAAAAAAAAGGGAUAAGAAAAAGUUUUAAAAGUUAGUUGAAUAAACUAGAGGCUUUCCCAUGACUUUGUUGAAGCAUUUCUGUAGAUAGUGCUAUCAAGUACCAACUCCUCUACGUUUAGAUUUCUUGAAGUCAAUAUAACCAUGAGGAAGAUUACCGUUGUUGUUAUUAUCAGCAGACUGUGGACCAUCAAACUUUGGCCUUGCCUAAUAGUGACAGUGUCACAGUUUCUGUUUCUGACAACUUAAGUUAUGGUGGGAUUAGUAACCUUCCUUCCUCAGUUAACAUGUGCCUUUUCUUCAAGUUAACUAUUUUUACCAAUGGCUACCCUAAACUAAUCUAAUCUAAUUUGUGUUGUAUGAGACAAGUGUGUAAGUUUUCACUGUUUUAUCAGCAAAAUAAAUGUUGGUGCUUAUCCAGAGCAGAGGUGGUAGGUGCUAUUCUGUAAAUAAAAGCAAAUAACUGUUUUACAAAAUUGAUGAGAUUAGAAUACAUAACAUAAUCCACAUUGAAACCUUUAUGAGGAACAAACUUUGUGUCUACAUCAUUGGCCUCAAAAAAAUGUGUUCCAUAUUAUAAAAAAAAAACAAAGCACAAAUCAACAACAAGCACAACACUCGGUUUAAAUGUAUUUUUGUAAUUAUGGUAGAUAACCCAAUGAGAGCAAAAAUAAAAAGAAAAUUUGUUGCAUAGUGAGUUCAAAAAAUCUCCUGAGUAAACUUGAACUUUUCCUGUGACUUUGUUCAAUCAUUUCUGUAGCCAUUGAUACUUAGAAUUUUUCUUCAUAAUUCAUUUAAUGUAAAAUCUUCUAUGUGUUAAGAUAUGAUUGUUUCAUUUUUAGAUUUUGAGCCUGUUUAUAUCUCUGACUUCAUAAUGUAAUUACCAUUGGUCUGUAUUUGAUGGCGUUCUUGUCUGGUGGUUAAUUUUAAUAAAUUACGUAUGUAGCCCAAAA